AUAAAAUUCAACAAUUUUUGCAUUGAACAGUUUUCUGUUUUAUUAUGUAUAUAAACAUCGAUGAGUAUGAAUCUCAUUACCAUUCGUCGAUAAAGUUUUCAUCGCAAUUGGUUGUUAAAUGUACUGCUAGAUAUCGCAGAGUCGAAUUUAAAUUACAACGAAUUUUUAUUCGCGAAAAGUUACUGCGAUUAUUUCAAGUGAAGUGUUAGAUAAUUAAAACACAAUCUCCUGUUAUAUAACAAUAUAUAACAAUAAAUGUUGCAAUUUCGAACAUCAAAAAAUCGAAGUUAACGAAUGAAUAAUACAAUGGAAAAACCAGAACAAGUGUUGAUGAUCAGACGCACAGACAAAUGAUAGUUGGAAAGUACAGUGUACUGCAGUUUAUAACGCGAUAUUAUUGCGGUGCAAUGCGGCCACGAUGUCGGCGAACGCGUUGGCGGCAAAUUAUCCGAGCAAUUACCUUGGCGACCAGAAAAAUGUCCGCAAAGGUGAUAGUCGCAAACUCGAAGAUUGAGACGUGCGAAAGAAACGUUCGAGCGUUUCUUCUUUUUUUUUUACACGACAGAAUUAUUAUUAUUUAACAUAUUGCCUCACAGAUUACCUCAAAGAUAAACAGAUUAUCUCACAGACAAACUAUUGUUAUUAUUUUUAAUUUUGCACAAUUGACUGUAAAAAAAUUUAUUUGAGAUUUUACAAAAUGAAGAAGUUUGUUUAAUGCUUUUUUUACUCUUUUGUUAUAUGUAUAUAUGAUGAUAUUAUGAUAAUUAUCAUUGAAAACUUUUAACAAUUUGUGACAGGAUAAUGAAGUAUAAGAAUUCGCUUAUGUCGAAUGGAAUGCAUGUAGAUAGAAAAACUACUACUACUACUACUACUAUGAAAAAGGAGUUUCUUGUCAAAGUGGUGAAACAUGGAUUUUCAGAGAGAAAGUCGACGCGCUCGCAUUCAAGAAAUUUGUCACCAGGAUUAGUCAAUCAGGUGGUGUAUCUGAAGAAGUAUUUGAAGAUACUUUGAUUAAAUGUCGACGAGCUUUCCCGUGUCACGAAUCCUUCUUUGAAGUGGGCAAUCGAUUCAAAACGAAACUCAUACAAUCGAGAGUGGAGAAAGGAAGAUUUGUUGUAAACGGGCUCGUUUUCGUCGCCCGGAGCGAUUCCGAGAGAAUUUUAGCUGCUUAAUCAGAAAGUAACGUUUCGUGACGAUGACCAAUGGACGCUGAUCGUGAACGAAGCAUACCUGGCCGGAGGAAAAUUGACCGAGAGAAGAAGUGGGUUCCUUGUUCGUAACGUUCACCGCGUUCUACCUGGUGGCCGUCUCUCCCACCUGGCGGACCGCGAGAACUCUUCCCAGAUCGGAGAAGUAAAACUCUCGGACGUUUUCUGAUCUUCAACAGUCCCGAACUCGUUCUCGUCGACGUGCGAACUCAUUAAACCCAGCUGGCAGCCUUUUCCUGAUCUCUCUCGUCUCUUCCUAAAUCGGGAAGGAAGGAAGGAAGAAAGGAAGGAAGCUGCGCUAAAAUUCAAUGCUGGUGUGUGUCUUGGAAGACGCGCAAAGGCGAGAAUUUCUUCCGCGCCAUUAGACGAGAACACGAUACUGAUAAGAUCGAAGAAAUUAAAACAAACGUGAAGACAAUAAGGAGAACGUCGUCCGAUCUCAGCGAGAUAGUUAAAAGAAAGGUGAAUCUCAUUUUCAUUUACGAGGAUCGUAAAUAACAACCGAGAUUACUGAGAGUAUUCGUAAAUUAAUACAAGAGAAUUCUGAGACGUAAAAUCGAAAUUGGUGAAAUUCGAAGAAGAAUACAACAGGUGCUUUUCCGUCGUAGUGUGAACGUCGAGAUUGAGAGGCAGAAGGAAAACUAUUUUCCGCGAUGAAGCAGCGAUACUUGUGCUUUUUAUGGACCGCGUUGAUACUGAGGGUGGGCACCUUCGUAGCCGCUGAAGUUGAUCCUCCGAUUUUGAAUCCCGAUUUGUCGUCGCAUUUUCAACAGGGACGCAUUGUGCUCGAUGCGCGACCUCGUCUCUCGGUUUCCCAGCAAGCCCAAAUAUUGAGCGACGUGCAGCAACAUCAGAACCGAUAUCGGCGUCCCACGCAAGAUUCCAAAAGUCCACGAGUAACGUCCUUUUCCCCAUACGAACAAAUACAAUCCAGCACGCCGUACUCUUCCUUGGCUAAAUACAAGGUCGAUCGAGCAAAGCAGCAACAGUUGCAGCAAUUGCUGCAGCAACAACAACAAGUGCAGCAACUCUUGCAACGACAGCAGCAAAAGAUCGCCCAACAGUUUAGUGCUUCGAAUUUGGUGAACGGUGGCGGCUCAGUUCAGACACCCCAAUUCCAGCAGCAAUAUAAUGGCCAGUACAAUCAGAAUGGCUUCCAAAAUCAGAAUCAUCAUCAAGACCUGUCGCAACCACUGUUUAGCGACCAGCAGACGGUGCAGCUGCAGGAGUAUAUCGAGAAACAACGCGAACUGGAACAGUUGCAGAAGCAACGAGAACAAUUGCUGUAUCAGCAGCAAGAAUUGCGCAGGCAGCAAGAGCUGCUGCGACUUGAGCAACUACAGAGGCUCACUUCUACUGCGGCACCAACCAUAACAUCGGCUCCGAUUAUUGUCAGCACUACUUCCGCGCCGUUGCUGCUGUCCUCGCCAAAGGCACGACGAAUCACACCGUCUGAAGCGGAGCUUUUCCUUAAGGCAAUUGCUAAUCAUCAGAAAAAAUAUACAACAACGGCAAUAACGAGCACGACGAUCACUACUACGACACCUUCGCCGUCCGAACGUAUAAUAACCACCAAGAACCGUCAAGAGAUACCGGAGCAUCUACUCAGUCUUAUUCAGGAUCAAGAAAAUCGAUUGUUAUCGCAGCAGGACAAACUGAAGCCGCAGAUCAAGGUGAUCUAUCAGACCGAGAAACCUAGCACUACACGACAAAAUUCUAGCAGUAAAAACAGAAACUCUCAACAAUCCACGGUUUCUGAUAGGGAAUUGUUGCUGAAACAGCUCAAACUUGCUAUAGCUCAGUCCGGCGACGAUGAUGAUCUCGUCAGAAAUGUCACUACGAGGGAUCUGAUAUUGCCGAACGGCAAGAAGAUUCAAGUUAUUCACGCGCCGAACGGUUUGUCUUCCAUCUCGCCAUCGAUCAGCGACUCUACCGUUCAAGCAUCCUUGUCCACGACCACUAUCAAGCCACCGAAGGCGAUCUUCGAAGAGUUAACAAAGGGUGGCGUGCUGCCGCCAGGCGCAGAUUUCGAGAUAAUCCGACAAAAGAGCGACGGAAAGCUCGAGGAGAUCGGCAAGACGCCGAUCAUUCAAAAUCCGGCCAAGAAGGUCACAUUUGUCGUGUUAGAGGAGCAGCCAGAUGGCAGUUACAAAGUUCAGGGUGUCAAGGGCAACGCCAAUGACAAGGAAAGCGGCAUCGAUGUCGAGUCUAUCGUUGAAAGGAUCAAGAAAGGCGAGCUGAAGCUACCAUCCAGUUCGAUUGGAUCGACUACCCAGUCUUCCACGCUUGCACAGUUUGAAUCCAGCUUCAAUCCAAAUUUAGUGUCCACUGGUACAUCCAAAGUAUCUCUUCAAUCUGUCAGCCCUACGGCGUCGACCUUUAGACCCACCACUCUUAGAUCCGUCUCAAAACACAGCGAAAGCAAGUCAACAACGGAUUAUUUCCCUUACGUUACUGUAUCGCCAAACUCGGUAUCCACAACCGACAAAUACGUGACCUCGGCGUCCAGUGUUACGGGCCACGUAUACAAUGCGUUAAAUCCCAGCCCGACCAAGACAAGCUUGUCAGACCACACUUCUCGUGUGACCACCAAGUAUUCGUCAUCUACUAGGAGUCAAUUUAUCCCGACGAUGGCGCCGGUGAACGAAGUCGUGACAACAGCAACGCCGCCAACCUCUUACAUUCAUUUUUCCAAAUAUCCAUCAUCGACGGAGGCUUCAUCGACGUUCAGAGUGUCGUCUCACAGCACUUCUAACUCGCAGAACGAAAAUAUCGUUUCUUCACAAAGUGACUUCCAAGGGACUACCAUUCCUUCGACGGAAAUUUCACAGGAUAACUUAGCCGCGCUGUUGAGAAGAGAGGGUCUCUUUGCUAUGGCAAAGUAUCUGAGGCAAUCAGGAUUGGAUAAUGUAUUGAACGAAACUGGUCCAUACACUAUAUUCAUCCCUACAGACAAGGCAUUCAGGACAUUAUUAGUACAGCUGGGAGGACCAGAGAAAGCUGAAGAGAAGUUCCACGAUAAUCCGAGACUCUUAAGUGGGCUCCUCCUUCAUCACGUUAUACCAGGAGCUUUCAGGAUCGAUUCCCUGCAGGACGAGAUGACCGGCGUCAGUCUUGCUGGAACGCAAUUGCGAGUAAAUGAAUAUGCGAUGCAGGAUCAUGAAUGGAACGAUGUAAAAGUAACGACGAUAAACGGAGCUCGCGUCGCGCCCAACAAACGGGACAUUGAAAUUCCUCAAGGUAUCGCUCACGCCGUCGAUAGGGUCAUGUUCCCGCUUCCGGUCGGAGAUUUGGUGCAGACUCUGCAAGCCGAUCGUGAGAGGAGAUUCACCAUGUUCCUCAGAAUGCUCCACGUGUCAGGCUUAGAAGAUACGCUCGCAGGCCCGAAGACAUUCACUGUCUUUGCACCGAUCGAUUCCGCUUUCACCGAUGGGAAAAACGGCGGACCAAUUUGGACCGAAGAGGACGGUGCGGAAGCGGCAAAGGCUAUAAUCUCGCGGCACGUGAUUCCGACGACUCUUUAUACAGCAGGCAUGAGGUAUUACAUCCAAAAGGACACUCUUCGUCCGCAGUCGCCAAUUCAUAUUCAUAAAAACGGUGGGCGAGUGCGGGUAAACGAGGCACACGUUGUAACUCAUAAUGUGCCAGCAACGAAUGGAGUAUUGCACGCUAUUGACGGAGUUCUGUAAAUCUACGGUUUGAACGGUGCGUAUGAAUCGACGAUAUUGAAUUGCAGCAUAGAUUGCAAUCACGCAGGUGAUAUAUCAUUUGUAAUGUAACAUUUAUGUACAAUUCUCGAAGGACGUAUGGUAAACAUAAUUUUUUUACACAAGUGCGAGAGGGAGAAUGCACAUAGCAAUAGAUAUCAGAGUAAUUAGUAUCAUUAUAUUUGCAUAAUAUACAUACUCGCCCCGCGUCGCAAUUGGAUUCACUCACCAAUAAAUUGAAUUUAUGCCAUAGGUGUCGCGAAAUUUAAGGAAAAAGUAACGAGACCCCAUUUUUAACAUUGUAUACAUAUACUAAUUUAUAUACAUAUAAGAUAGGCGUACACACAAUACAGAGAUUCCAUGUACUCGUACCAUAUGCAUAAGAGUACGCAGAAUUAAUCGCUAUUGUAUAGAAUGUGAACGCGAUAUCAUGUGUGUGCUUAGCAUUUUAUUUGUAGCUUGUAUUAUUUUAUAAAUAAAUGUACAGAAUUUAUUUCUCUCUGCGAAUUAUA